AUGGCCAGCGGCAGCGAUCUGUCCUGGAACCAGCUGGGCGGUGGUGGCACAGCGAUGAUAAACCUGCCUGAUUCGCCGAGGGCGACCGAGGAAAUGAUCAAGGAACUCUUGCACGGCGAAGGGUUGCCGGAUUUCGUCGGCGGACUCAGCUCGCCGCCAGGCGAGAGCAUUGACCGCGGACCCUGCAUUCAGGCGGCGCCGGCGAUGUCCCUCCACGUGGACUUCCAGCCGCGGGCGGAGGGGACGAUCGACCCCGCCCAGAAGAGGAGAAGCACUCGCCCCCCGUGGAAGAAGCUGAGGAAGUCGGUCCACCUCUGCCCGCCGGAGCCGGAGCCGGAGCCGGAGCCGAAGCCGGAGCUGAUCCCCGGGAUGCAGCUGAACCCGUUCGACGGGGACUGGGGCCCGCUAGUGAGGCUGCCGUGUGGCACCCUCUCCCUCCUUCCCUGGGGCUCCCCGUCUACCUAG